CUCAACUUCUCUUUUCCUCUGCUUUUUGGUCUGCAAGACAAAAGCAAAAGUUGCUGUCUUUCCGAUUCUUGCAUUCUCCCAAGUCUUGAGUCUUUCUCCCCUCACCAAAAUGAUCAAAUCUCUCUGCUCUCUUAUAAGCAAGAAUUUCGCCCAUUCUUUCCUUUCAGUGUAGAAUUGAAGUUGAUGUGUGAGUUGUUUAUCACAGAAAUCGAUUUGGGCAUAGAUAGAAUCCGGCCGGAAUUCCGAUGGGCUGUGGGCAAUCGAAAUUCGAGCUCGAAGAGACGGUGACCCGAUGCAGGGACCGGAAGCAGUUCAUGAAGGACGCGGUGGCUGCCCGGAACGCUUUUGCGGCGGCUCACUCCAGCUACGCUGUUUCCUUGAAGAACACCGGCGCCGCCCUCAGCGAUUACGCUCAGGCCGAAGCUCAAUUCACGAGUCAUUCCGACGCCGCCGCCCCCGUCGGCGUCGGACCCACGUCUCUUCCCGGGGCUCCGGUGUUCAUCCCUCCUUCCAACUAUGCGGUGCCCCUCCCUCCCCCUCCUCUCCCUUUCUUCACCUCGUCUCCCUUGCAGCGCGCUGCCACCAUGCCGGAGAUCUCCAUACCGGCGUCCGGCUUGGAGAGGGAAGGCACGAUCCUCGAGGAGACGGAGGAAGAAGAGGGCGAGAAUGAAAGUGUUCACAGUUUGAAGCACCGGAGCCGUAUGGGAAGAGGGUCAGUUUCCACCGCGGAUGGGGAUGAAUUGCCGCCCCCUUCUCCGCCAAGAACUCCUAUGGAGAGCAAUCAUCCCAGGCCGCCUCAUCCCCUCCACGAUUGGGAUUUUUUCUCCAUGGGUAACGUCACUGGACACACCCUAGCUGACGUGGAUGAGGAUGAUGAUGAAGACGAGGAAGGACUUGAAAGAGAAGAACAUGAACACAAGGUGUUUGAGGAAGAAGCUCACAGAAGGGCAAACGGUGGUGGCCGUGGGCCGGGAGAGAGGAGGAGUGGGAAGGAAGAGGCAACUGAUGUGGCGGAGAGAGAAGCCGUGCAUCCACCACAGCCACCGGAGGCAGCCCCAAAGACUGCUAAAAGAGUUAAGGGUUCAUCUCUACUGGAGGGCAGCAAGAAACUCACCUUGCAGCAGAUAUUUUCUGAACUUGAUGAUUACUUCCUUAGGGCCUCUGAAAGUGCUCAUGAAGUCUCCAAGAUGCUUGAGGCAACUCGAUUGCAUUAUCACUCAAACUUUGCUGAUCCUAAAGGGCAUAUUGAUCAUGCUACAAAGGUCAUGCGUGUCAUUACAUGGAAUAAGUCAUUCAAAGGUAUGCUAAAUCAAGAUGAUGCCAAAGAUGACUUUGAUUCUGAAGAAAAUGAAACUCACGCAACUGUACUAGACAAAAUGCUUGCAUGGGAGAAAAAACUUUAUGAUGAAGUGAAGGCGGGUGAGCAAAUGAAACUUGAGUAUCAAAAAAAGGUGGCAUCACUGAACAAGUUAAAGAAGCGUGGGGCAAAUACGGAAGCGUUGGAGAAGAUGAAGGCAACAGUGAGCCAUUUGCAUACAAGAUACAUUGUUGACAUGCAAUCUAUGGAUUCAACUGUUUCUGAAAUAAACCGUUUACGAGAUGAUCAACUCUUUCCAAAACUAUAUGCACUUGUUGACGGUAUGGCUAAAAUGUGGGAGACCAUGAAAGGACACCAUGAGACACAAUCACAGAUUGUGCUAGCUCUAAGGUCUCUGGACAUGUUACAGUCCCCCAAAGAGACAAGCGAGCACCUCCACGAACGCACGUAUCAGUUAGGUGUUGUACUGCAAGAGUGGCACACACAGUUUGAGAAGAUGAUUGCUCACCAGAAGGAAUACAUCAGAGCCCUGAACAGCUGGUUGAAGCUGAACCUCGUCCCCAUCGACACGAAUCUCAAGGAAAGGGUAGUUUCGUCCCCGCAAAGACCACAAAACCCUCCGAUCCUCUCACUUCUCCACGCGUGGGAAGACCUGGUCGAGAAGCUUCCGAAUGAGCAUGCAAGGAACGCGAUAUACAGCUUCUCCGCGGUUGUGAACACCAUAGUUCAGUACCAAGUGGAGGAGAUGAAGUUGAGGGAUAGGUGUAAUGAGAUGAGGAAGGAGCUGACGAAGAAGACAGGGCAGUACGAGGAUUGGUAUCGCAAGUAUUCCCAACGGAGGGGGCCCAACGACGCUGACAUGGAGGAAGAGGGGGGUGGGGAUAAAGAGGAUAACGCCGUGAUCGAGCGGCAGGUACAGCUGGAGAACCUGAGGCAUAGGUUGAAAGAGGAGGAAGAGAGCUACCAGAGGCAGUGUAUCCAGGUCAGCGAAAAGUCACUGACCAGUCUCAAGACCGCCCUGCCCGAACUCUUUCGGGCAAUGUCGGAAUUCUCCCGCGCUUGUUCAGCAAUGUACAAGACCCUGAGGUCCAUUGUACACUAGCGUGGGGACGGGACCAUGCUACAGUAACACCAAGUUUGACACCAAGGUUCACAUACAUUAAUUUGACACCGAGAAUUACUUCCUCUGCGAAAAAUAGUCAGCCUUGGUGUCAAACUUGGUGUUAUAUUCUCAUUAUUGUUAGCCUGGUCAGGGAAACAACAAACAAGUGCUUCUUCUUCUUCUUCUUCUGAUAAGUACAAGAUUUUGAAGUGUUCAUAAUUAAUUCUCCAUCUUAAAAUGCAUAGUAAACUAAUCAGUAUAUC